GCCACCAAAACGACCGAAUCGAUCCAGCUCCUUGCAAGGGCAAGAAGAAUUUAGACCGCUGCCUGGUUACAUAAGUUAGGAACAUGACGACCACAUAUGUCACUGGGGGUCCAGUGCCCGUCCAGCAAACCACCUACAUCACCACCGGCCCCCAAGUACAGACCACUUAUGUCACCAAUGUACGACAACCUCCACCACCACCGCCGCCACAAACCACGGUGGUCAUCACCCAAUCCAACGGACGCUGGGCAACUCCCUCUCAAACGCAGUCUGGAACAGCAGCCACCCUUCUCUUCGUGUACGCUGGUAUGGACAUGGCCCAAGGUCUCGGCUGGAACUUGACCACCAUUCCCGCCUUUGCAACUCUGGAGUUCCAGUACAGUUGGUUCAUUGGCGUUAUAAUAGGAACUGUGGUGUCCGCCAUAACAGCAUCAUUUCUGCCCAAAGCAGUCUUUUAUGGCCUGGGUGGAGUCAUGAACUUGAUCGACGCCAUUAUCUUUGUGAGUGCUCCCUACCAGUACGAGUCGAUCCUGGCUGCCCGGUAUGUGGGUGGAGUGGGCAUCGGGCUGAUCACCGUGCCCUUCAUCAUCCAUAGUGCUGAGAUCGCUUCGAGUUCGAACCGAGGAACCUGCUGCGCCCUGGAGCAAUAUGGUUUGGCUUUGGGAGUGGCCAUCCAAGUGAUCUAUGACUCCCAGUGGAGUGCUAGUUUGGGCAUGACCAUCAAUCGGGUGCACGGCAUCUUUGGCAUCGUCUUCACUGCGAUUGCCCUGGGAAGUGUGGCCAUUACGAUAGACUCGCCGAUCUACUAUAUCCGCCAGAAUCAGGAGCAGAAGGCUCGGGCCAGUGUGAAGCAGCUGAUGGGUGUCUAUUGGACGCGGGAGGCAGGAGACCGGGCCUACGACGAGGCCAAGCUGUACGUGGUGGAGGGCAGCAGCCAGGGAGUGGGUGAGCAGCUGAAGGAGUCCAUGAUGCCCUUCCUGAAGGUGCUGCUCUUCCGCUGCUUCGUGGCCUUCACCUUCUCCAUCCCACUCUCCGAGUCCUUGGUGGAGACCACUCAGCUGGUGGAGGGCAGCACGUACUCAUGGCCCACGAUCAUAUUUGGCAUUCUCCGCCUGAUCGGAGCCCUGAUCACAUUCGGUAUCCUGGACACCGCUGGCCGGAAGUUCGUCUCGCUGCUGGGACUCAUGUGCAUGGCCGGAUUGAUGCUGGGAAUGGCUGGAGUCUACGGGGACUACGCCCACUUCAUUGAGGACUACUUCAUGUGGCAGGUGUGCCGCCUGGGCAUGGCAUUCCAGUUUUUCGCCGGUCUUUUCAUCUGCAGCUCAUCCGUCUACCUGGGCGAGGCCUUUCCCAUGAGGGUAAAGCCCUUCCUGAUCGGCCUGAUCGUGUGCCUUGAGCAGGUGAUCCACAUCAUAGUGAUCGUUAAGUUCACCCCUUUUGCGGAGUUCUUCUACACUUACUUCGUGACCGUUGGGAUCAUCAUGGUCAUAGGUCUGGUGGCCUUUGCAGUUCUGAUGCCGGAAACUCGGGGAUUGACCCUCAGGCAGGCGGGCGAGAGGUUCCGGCGAGUUCACGAUGUCAUGGCCUACUAGGUGACUUUUAUUUAAAUGUCUUUUGUAAUCCAAUAAAA